CUGUCCGCUGUGCCUGCCUGCAAGUCUCCGACAUGGCUCAGGAGAAAAUGGAGCUGGACUUUGAGCCUGACACAUCUGAUGGGGGCACCCUGAGGAGAUCCAGCAGUGCUCCCCUGAUCCAUGGGCUCAGUGACCUUUCGCAGGUUUUUCAGCCUUACACAUUUAAAACUCGGAGGAAUAGUACAACGAUUAUGAGCCGUCACAACCUGUUGCUGUCACCCUCACCUAAUCGGAUUCCUAGUAGCCGACUGCACCAAAUCAAAAGGGAGGAAGGCAUGGAUCUGAUGAACAGAGAAACUGCACAUGAAAGGGAAGUGCAAACAGCAAUGCAGAUAAGCCAGUCAUGGGAUGAGAGCUUGAGCCUGAGUGAUAGUGAUUUUGACAAGCCGGAGAAAUUAUAUUCUCCUAAAAGGAUUGAUUUCACUCCAGUUUCUCCGGCACCAUCACCCACCAGAGGAUUCGGAAAGCAAUGUUUUUCGCCAUCCUUACAAAUGUUUGUGAGCAGCAGUGGGCUACCACCAAGUCCCAUUCCUACUCCGAGAUGCUUCUCCAGCAGGAGGCAUCGGAGUCCAGUCAAGUGCAUUAAGCCCAGUGCUCUUGGUCCUGUUAAAAGAAAAGGUGAAAUGGAGACUGAAAGCCAGCCCAAGAGACUCUUUCAAGGCACUACCAAUAUGCUUUCUCCCGAGGCUGCACAAUUGUCUGAUCUCAGUUCCUGUUCAGAUAUUUUGGAUGGCAGUAAUAGCAGCAGUAGCAGCAAUGGCUUACCCUCAGCCUCACUGGCUAAAGGCAGCACAACCGCAGAGUCUCCAGUAGCAUGCUCCAAAUCAUGCCCUCCGUUCAUCUUGAUGGAUGAUCUCUCACCCAAGUGACUUCUGAUCCAGUGUUUUAACUGCUGUUUCCUACAUAAAACAUUCAGUGAGGGACACAGAGAACUUUGAUCCAGAGUGAGGAUUAAAGUGUCACAGAUUUAAACCACUUUGAUGCCGUUCUUCUUUGGCAUCUCUCUUUUCUAAAGUUCAAUUUUACAAGUGUAGUGACCUUACUUAUGUCUCUUUUUGCUGAUCUCACUUUGGAUCUAGUGACUAAAUCUCAAGUACUCAUUUUUGAUUGCUUAGAGUAUGUAUAGUUUUUUCUCAGUGCCUCAAAGAGUGCCCAUCUUAGAGUCUAUACAUUUAAGAAAAGCACUGAUGUAUUUUCAAUAAUGGUUCUUUUUUCCCAGCAGUGAUAUGACAGCUAGAAUUGAUCAGAAAUUCUCUUGCUUGAGAGAUUUUUGUCUUCUGUUGACUACAUACUUUCAAAUCUCUCAUUUCACAACAACAGAUGCAUUGCGUUUGAUUACAUUACAUGUUUCUUUUUUUUUUCCUCCAUCAACCUAAAGUACAUUAUUUUGUUUGCCCUUUCUGUUUGAGCUGCUUACUUGCCCCUUUCUCACAGAGCAGAAGAAACACAUAGUUGCUUUCAUUACUACCCAUACUGCUUGUUUGCUGUUGGCGUGUGUGACGUGAGGAUUGAUUUUAGUGCUGAGAAUGGAAAUGGACUUACAAGGUGCUUGGAGUAGUCACCACAGGUUCUUAUGACUUAGCUGCCACAGUUGUUGUUUUUCUCCCCAAACCUGUUGCCCCACGGAAUGUAUAAAAUAUUGUUAAUAUUUUUAGGUGGUGUCAUCAAGGAGAAGAAAUUCCUGCCUUGACCAGAUGUGUGGAGCAUCUACAAAUGAAUGAAUAAUGUUCUUUACACACAAACCUCUGUGUAGAAAAGCAUACAUGGAGCUUGACAGCUUGUCUUGUCUUGGGGGGUAUUAGGAGGCCUGAGGUGUCUUGGGGUGUAGUGCUGUGCUGUAAUGAUGUAUAUCACAUGGUAGGGUAGAAAAGGGGGCAUUAUGUGCCCGAUUGCCACAUGCUGUCUCAACUGCUACUUUUUUCUGAUUACAUUUUUGUCAUUGGGUUCGUUUGUUUUGUCGUGUGUGGUGAGUGGUGCUGUUGACUGUGUUUUGGUCAUUCUGUUGCCACCGGAAUUGGAAUCCAGUUCUUGUUCAUGCUGCUUUAUAGCAAGGGUGGUUUGAUAUCUACGCGGCAGCUUUUAGGAGCUGAAGAAGUCAAUGUUAUUGCACAUUCUGCUUUUAAGAAGCUGUUUGAGCUGUGAACAGUUUCUGUGAUAGUAAGUCUGAGGUACCAGAAGUUAUUUAAUUUUAAAAGAGGGAAGUCGUGAACGGAGCUAUUUAAAAAACCUGAGUUUAGUCUGUUGUGUUAUUUAUUAUUUAAAACUGUAAAAAUGUCUGUUGUGAUGAAUUUCUUUUAAUGUUCAGUUAUCAUGGGUGGAUUGUCUGUAUUUAAUAUGCAAAUUUGCCUGCUAGGAUCAUAAUAUUCCAUUUUUGAAUGAAUGUAAGAAACGAAAACUACUGCACUUGUAUCUUUUGAAGGCAAAUAUCCUUGAAUUUUAAAGGAAGAUGUUGCACGUUGUGGGUACUCACAAACUAGUAAUACUGUAUGGCUUGAAGGGAACCCUAUUCUCUUUCAAUUAUAAGAGAGCAUCACUUAGCUAGCAGUAAGUAGUUCUGUUAGCAUCAGAUGUGUUGCUUGUUUUCAAUUCUACUAACUGCCAUAAUGGCCAUUAAUGGCUUUCUCUUAUUGCUUUCACCUGUGCAAAGUCCAUAAUCCUUCAAACCUAACAUAAAUGUAUAUAUUGUGAAGAUUGUUCCCUUGUAUGCCAUUUUAAAGAAACAUUACUUUGAUGUUAUUCUGUGUGUUUAUUCUGUUUGUGAAAGAACCAUGUUAAGCUGUUUCUGCCUAUAUAGUACUGAGAGAUGGUUUUGUCUUACGGGACAUUGAUCCACCCUCACUCUACUGUCUAUUAUGCCUUAAAGGGACACUUUUGGCCAUGAAUUUUUGGCUCUAGUUUAGGACUCUUAAGAAAUAACCUUUGGAAUGUGAUGAUACUUAUUUUUGAAAUUCAGUGGUGGGAUAGAAUUGGGACAGGAAAAUGAAAUUGUUCCAGUGGUAUGAGAAUUAGGAGGCAAGAUGAUUCACUUUAUUGUUUAAACUAAGGUUUGUUUUUAUUGUUUAAAGUGACUAGAAAGUUAAGUUUGUGCAGGGAUUGUUUUGAAAUAAAUAAAUGAGAUACUGACCUUCAGAUGAGCUUGAUUGACGGUACCCCUUUAUUUUUAUAUAAAGUUUAAUAUUCGAAAAAUGGUCAUUGUUAUAAAUUAAAAUUAUCCCUUCCUGGUCUAAUAUAGUCUUAUAUCAUAUUUCAGGCUUCUAUUUGAAAACAAGUACGAGAUAAUAUGAUAAGAAAAUGCUAUAGAUGAUAAACUUUUGCUUGAGUUAUAUUAUCACUGUAUUUCAUGAUACCUGCUUUUGUAAUAAUAGGAAAUUUUGUGAAAUGCUGACCUUGUGUAUGUAUAUCUUAGAGUGCAAAUUUAAUAAAGUGUGUACCACUGCAUAAAAUUCUGUAAAAA